CCAAUUCAAAAACGGCGGGACCAACGACCAUUACAACGGAGCCGAGCAAGAUCACAGAAAAUACAACUUCUACUUCGCCAACAGGACUCACACCUUCGUCAUCAGCAGACUCAUCCUCUGUUACACCUGGACAGAAUCAAAGCUCAUCAGAUUCAAUGACAAGUACUUCGCCCACGGGACCCUCAACUUUGUCACCUCCGUCACCUCCGUCAUCUUCGUCAUCUUCGUCAUCCUCUGUUACGCUUGGAGAGAACCAAACCACAAGUACUCCGCCCACGGGACCCUCAACUUCGUCACCUCCGUCAUCUUCGUCAUCUUCAUCAUCUUCGUCAUCCUCUGUUACGCUUGGAGAGAACCAAACCACAAGUACUCCGCCAACGGGACCCUCAACUUCGUCACCUCCGUCAUCUUCGUCAUCUUCAUCAUCUUCGUCAUCCUCUGUUACGCUUGGAGAGAACCAAACCACAACAGAUCCCUUGCAAAGUACUCCGCCAACAGGACUCACAUCUUCGUCAUCAGCAAACUCAUCUUCUCUUACACCUGGACAGAACCAAAACACAACAGAUUCACUGACAAGUACUUCGCCAACGGGACCCACAUCUUCGUCAUCACUGGUAUCGUCCGUUACAUCUGGAGAGAACGGAACUGCAACAGAUUCUUCGCAAAGUACUUCGCCAACAGGAACAUCAUUGCCACUAUCACAACCAUCCGUAACACCUGGACUGAACCAAAGCACAGCCAAUUCCUUACAAAGUACUUUGUCAUCUGUACAAAAUUCAACGGAAGUCUCUAAUGGUGAAGGUCAGACAACUGGAAAAUCAACUGAUAGUUCGUUCGUUCCAACGACGACGACACUUGGUGGCGCAGUAUCGAAUCCCUAUUCAAAUGGCGAGUUUUUCGGUGCCGUCGGAGUGUUGCUGUUCAUAAUAAUAAUUUUGAUAGUAGUAAUAAUUUUGGGUUAUUGUUGGUGGCGAAAGCAAAGAGAUAACGACGACGGUGAUAGUGAGGCGAACUUAGCGACGAAGCCGUCAGCCAUCGCAGAGUACGACAAUCUUUCGAAGAAUUCUUCCAAGAUGAACGGCAUUGAAAACAAUGCUGCAAAUUUAUCAGGCUUACUAGAGAGCGGUGAUCUUCCAAAAGAAGACUACGACAGUGAGUCGCAGGUGCCUCCCCUGAAAAGCGACGUUGUUGAAAAAAUAGAAAAUGAAAACCUGUAUACUAGUCUUAAGCCAAGAAUUCCCGACAACGCAGCUGGAGAUUCUUUACCAGCUGAAGAGCCUCCAAUCCAUACUAUAGUAUAUGACAACUUGGAAAGUGUUCCUACUCUGGAAGAUAUGGAGGGAAUCCCUGACAACACAGAGGUGGCAUCUCCUGAUCCCUUGGAAAGCGUUCCUACUCAGGAAGAUACGGAUGCAAACACAGAUGUAGCAUCUCAACAAUCUUUAGAAGUUCCAGUAACCAUGACAUUUGCUGAUUUAGGCAAGAAUAAUAGCGUCAGUUUUGCUGAUGACGACAAUUUGUUGAAACCUGACAGCGAUGGCCAAGACGAUAACCAGACGGAUGGUCUUUCAUACGUCGACCAUAUUGACAAUGAUGGCAACAACGAUGACGACGAUAACCAUUCCGAUUCUUCAGAUAAACCAAAUGAUGAAGAAAUGACGUGGGUUGUUGCUGACAACGAUGGCAGUCAACUUGGCCAAGAAGAUACUGAUCAAGCGACAGAUGAAGAAUCGCCGCAGCAGAGUCCUUUGCCACAAAACAAUGAAAUAGCUUAUGCACCGCUUCUAGAUGACUCACAAAGAGAUUCAUGGGGAGCCACUAACCCUGUGUAUGAUUCUAUCAGACUUUAAGGAAUAGAAACAACGAAGAACCUUAACCGAACUCAUAACAAGCUUCUUCUAUUCCUAAUCCAACGUUCUCCCUUCUUCUAAUCGACAUUAUCAUAAUCAUUUUUCAUAAUCAUCCACAAACUGCGACAAUAAUUCUCUCCGUAAAAGAAGAAACCUUUGGUAUGAACUACACCCCCCCCCAAAAAAAAAACAACAAAA